UGCCCAGUCAGCCCUAGGAGCCGGCUCUCCCUGCGCUCGGGCUUUGGGAGGCUGGAGCACAAAGAGCGCUUGUUGCCCCAGUCCCCGGGAGUCUCCCAGUGCUACCACUAGCUGGGGAGGACUGGUUACCAUGGAGGCUGCCAUCUGUUCACUCCCUGCUGGAAUGUGAUUAUCCUCGCUGGGUUGGGAACCAGCAAAAGCAGGGGAGCGUGUGCUGUCGGCAAUUAUCUGCAAUGGAGUGCGUUAAUGGAAGGCUGGAAUUAGCUAGCUGGAGGAGCACAUAAAAGGAUUCUAUCAAAACUAUUAAUGAUUUCUAGCCAAGAGGAGUAAGCUUUUUGCAAGGCAGCAGCAUCUGUCCAAAGUCCUUAAUAUUGUCUAGAACUUGUACAGCGAGUGCCACAACCAGACUAGUUGAGCAGAAUGUACGCAAUGAAGCGGCUCAGGGAAUAAAUGGAAGUGUGCCAGUCAAACAAUCCCCACGUUCAGCUUCAAAUCCAAAGCCACAAGUGCCUCCAAAGCCAAUUCAUCUGCAGAAGGCAACGUACCAAACCCCCAGGCAUAAAGCUUUAGCAAAUCACAAACCAAGGAUGGAGGAAGAGGCGCCCGCUGCUGUUUCCAGUGUUGCAAGGGAGAAGUCCAGUAAAGUGUCAGAUCUCAUCCAUCGUUUUGAGGGAGGCAGCUCGUUGAAUCCAAGUGAUUUGAAGAAAGAUUCCUCUGUUCUCCACCUUACUAAAUCUCAAGGAAGAUAUGGGUCAACAUCAUCACCUCAGCCCAAACUCCCCUCCCAGCACUCACUACAAAAACAGGGAAACAAUAAUACUGACAAAACUCAGGUUGCACAGCUACACACAGCCAACGGAGUAGUAGCACAAGACCAGCUGGAGGAUGAGGACAGGAGAUUAUCAGAUCGUGGCUCUGCUGUGUCCACUCCAGUUCCAGAUGAUGUCAUUGACAGCAGCUUGAUAAAUGGGGAAGGAGAAAGUACUUGCAGGGAGUCAUUGCAAAGUGUGACUACCUGUGAAGAACAGAUGCUUAACAGCUGCUACAGAACUCCAAGCAGUGAUACACUGCUCCCAUCUGAAAAUGAAACUCCAGAAAUUAAUACUAAUGUGAAAGAAGAACCAGCUGAGGAAAUCAGUAAACAAGAUCAACCUGUAGAAACAAAGGAGACAGAUGAACAGAAACGCCACAAAAUUGCCAGUGAACUUCUGCAAACAGAAAAAGCCUACGUUAGCCGACUUGACCUCCUAGAUGGGGUAUUCUAUUCCAGACUCCUUGAGGAAGCCAACAGAGGUUCGUUUCCACCUGAAGUGAUUAAUAAAAUAUUUUCUAAUAUUUCGUCAAUAAAUGCCUUCCACAGUAAAUUCUUACUUCCAGAACUUGAAAAAAGAAUGCAAGAAUGGACUACCACCCCUAGAAUUGGAGAUAUUCUGCAAAAGUUAGCUCCUUUCCUCAAGAUGUAUGGAGAGUAUGUGAAGAAUUUUGAUAAUGCAAUGGAAUUGGUGAAAACGUGGACUGAACGGUCACCUCAAUUCAAAUUCAUUAUUCAAGACAUUCAGAAGGAAAAAGUGUGUGGAAAUUUGACAUUGCAACAUCACAUGCUAGAACCAGUACAACGCAUUCCACGCUACGAGAUGCUUCUAAAGGACUACCUAAGGAAAUUGCCUCAGGAUUCUCUAGACUGGAAAGAUGCUGAAAAAUCCCUGGAAAUUAUAUCCACUGCAGCAAGUCACUCGAACAGUGCAAUUAGAAAGAUGGAGAAUCUAAAGAAGUUGCUAGAGAUAUAUGAGAUGCUGGGAGAAGAGGAAGACAUUGUGAACCCUUCAAAUGAACUGAUAAAAGAAGGCCAGAUCCUUAAACUCGCUGCUCGCAAUACGUCUGCUCAAGAACGGUAUCUUUUCCUAUUUAACAAUAUGUUGCUCUACUGCGUUCCCAAAUUCAGCCUGGUAGGAUCAAAGUUCUCAGUUCGAACCAGAGUUGGCAUAGAUGGUAUGAAAAUUAUAGAAACUCACAAUGAAGAAUAUCCACAUACUUUUCAAGUGUCUGGAAAGGAACGAACACUGGAGUUGCAGGCCAGUUCUGAACAAGAUAAAGAAGAAUGGAUAAAGGCACUUCAGAGUACUAUUGAAGUUUUUCAGCAGAGGAAUGAAACUUUCAGAAAUGCUAUUGCUAAAGAAUAUGAAGACAUGCCUGUUGAGGUUUCUAACGCCGAGCUUGGGAAGAGAGCGCCGAGGUGGAUACGGGACAACGAAGUGACCAUGUGCAUGAAGUGCAAGGAGCCAUUUAAUGCCCUGACAAGGAGAAGGCACCACUGCCGAGCAUGUGGACAUGUGGUUUGCUGGAAAUGUUCUGAUUACAAGGCACAUCUUGAAUAUGAUGGCAAUAAAUUGAACAAAGUCUGUAAGGACUGCUAUCAUGUUAUAAUUGGUUGUACAGACAGCGAAGAAAAGAAGAAGAAAGGCAUCUUGGAGAUUGAAUCUGCAGAAGUUUCUGGAAACAGUGUCAUAUGUAGCUUUCUUCAGUACAUGGAAAAGUCGAAGCCCUGGCAGAAAGCUUGGUGUGUUAUACCUAAACAGGAAGCUCUUGUGCUCUACAUGUAUGGUGCUCCACAGGAUGUUAAAGCUCUGGCUACAAUUCCCCUUCUGGGCUAUACAGUGGAUGACACUCCAAAAAGUGCUGACCUCCCACACAGCUUCAAACUGACCCAGUCUAAAUCUGUGCACAGCUUUGCUGCUGACAAUGAGGAACUGAAACAGAAAUGGCUGAAAGUUAUCCAUUUAGCUGUCAAAGGUGAGACACCAGAAUGUCAAAAUGAACUGCAAGUGAAUUUAGAAGAGCAGCCUGAAUCUUCUAAAAGAUCUGAAUGCUGAAGCUCGAGAACACAUGGCAUUUUUAAAAGAUUUCAGUUGAAAUUGUGGUUAACCUUUGUGUUAACAUUUCUUUGCUCAAUCAAGAAAAAAGAAAAAAAAAAAAGAAAAAGAAACUUCUUACUACCAUACACAUCUUGGCACUUUAUGUUUGGGAAAAAUUCUGGUCUUUUUAGGGGUCUUUUUCUUAUAUUUAUGUUCUGUCAAUAAAAGAGAUGUACAGGUUCAUUUAAGAGACUUUUUAAAAAAAUGUGAAUGCUAUUAAAAAUACUUACUAACUUUACUGUACUACUUGUUUGUCAUAAUGCAAUUUUUUUUUUUUUUUGAGAAUCCAGUUGCUCUUCAGUUAACAUUUGCUACUUUCAUUAAGAAUGCAAAUAUUUUAAGCUUCCUACUUACAUGUUAGGACUUGCAACAGGAUAAAAGAUAUACCUCCACAUUGCCAAAAUAGAUCUGUACUUCAACAUGCAGGGACAGUUUGGUUUAAUGUAAGUAGUUUAUAGAUUGAUUUCCACAGAUCUGUACAUAUGUCGUAUUCACUUGUCUCUUUUUACUUAAAAUAAUGCAAAUUGCUUUCACUGGUAUAUUGGCUUUUAAGGUUUCAGUUUAUCAAGGAAAAAAAUCUAAUGAUUUUCAAUCUAGAAAUAAAAUAUGAGAAAACUAUAUAUAAUAUAUGUACAGUAUUAAAAAUGUACAAUACUUGAUUUGUGCUUUGAUUUCAUUCUGGGUUCCUAUUAGUGAAUAAUUUAUUUUAAAAAAGCAUGUUUUCUAUUUGAAAUUAAACACAGUCCUAAAUUGAAAAAUACUGUUCAGUGACUUGUUUUAAUAGCUGACACUUAAUGAUCUUGAUAUUUUUAUGCAUCAAAAAAAUAGCAGUAAUGUAAGUGGCAUGCAAUGGACAUAUGAGUUCCAGUUGUGUUUUAAACGAGUAGUCGCUUUUCUUUGGUGUCCUAUCACUGGUAGCUUUUAAGAGUGCAGUAGUUUGUUACUCAAAUGCAAUAUGUGGUUUGAGAAAAGCAACAGAUUCUAAUAACCUGCUGGGAACGUGUGUUUUUGCUAUUAUGGUUAUCGAAACAAAAGAACAUUUUGAACUUAAGUUUUUUAAUUUUUGCAGAAGAUUAGAUCCUCUAAUACUUAUUUAUGACAGCAGUCUUCAAGGAUUAUUGUUGUAAGGUGGAGCCUGCUUUAUAAAAGUUCAGUAUGAAGUCUGAGCUUGCAAAUCUCAAGUUGUGUUAACUAACAUUAUUUGUUUUCUUCGUCUGUGAAUAACGACUUGUUAGCUUUACAAUAUUAAGUUCCUUUUGAACUUUCAUUCCUAUUACAGUUUUUAUACAUAGAGGCAGAUGAACUCCCCAAAAUUUUUGCUGUAAUUAUCCUUGGAUGAAAUAUUGAAAACUCAGAAGUAGUGAUUGACUAUCAAGUAGACAAUUAAAAUCAUUGCUGUCUUUCCUUUUCUGAACCAUUAAAAGAGGGGAAAUAUGUAACUUCUACAAUCAACUUGUCAUAAGACCAUUCAGGAGUCUUCUCAAUAUAUCUGCAAUCUGUACUUUAAAUUCUACCAAGCUGCAGAACUCAGGUUCAAGUCCAGUUUUCUUAGUAACAUGAGGGCAGAUUUAAAUUGUUGCUUUUUUAUAACGAGUUUGCCAAAUGAAUUAUUCACCAAACUCCCAUUCCCACUUUACUCUUUCUACAACAUUAUAGGGAAAAAAAAAACCCAACUUGUUUUGCAUUUAACAAAGGAUUGUUAAAUUUUUAGCAUCAAGCGUACAUGAGCAUGCAGCGUCCAUUGUUCCUUCACAAGAAGAAUGUCAUGCAACUUAAUGUUAGUAGGAUGGAUUUUGCUCUCACCUGCACAAAUCCAAAAUCUGCCAUAGCCUUUAAAUUUCAAAGCUUUACACCAGUGUUAGUAAUGAUCAGGACGUGGUAUUGUAGAGUACUAACUCUGCCGCUGACUUUUGUGCAUGUCACUUCUGAAUUCUUCCUUGGGUGCUCCAUGUGUCCAGAUUACUCUGCAUGAUACCCUAGUAUUACUUUUAUCUGAUGUGCAAGCUCUUCUGUAAUUCUCUAAGAGAUUUGAAGUUACUUCUACUGUCGGCUGUGUUUACCUUUAUUAAUAGGCAGCUCAAGCCUGUUUUGAUUCAUAUUGGUGAGUACCAACAGGUCUUUGCCAAGGUAUCCCUAGCUAAUACAUGUCACCUUGUGUAUUCCUUGGUGAGGGAUGGGGGAACAUUCAGGUAAGCAAGAAGAACUCUCAGUGGCUAUCUUUCUUUCAUGGUCAUCUCCCCAUUUUCUACAAGAGCCACCAAUGCAAUUGUGGGAUAUGGAGAGUUGUCUUACCAUAUUUCAGUUUAUA